GACCCCUGGAGAAAAAGAUGGCGAUGGAAGUUCACAUUUCCUAGGUUUGGCCCGAAAAUAUGGCAUUUUUAGCGAUUUGUCCUUGAUUUAGAGAGAAGAUGUCAAGUGAAACUCCUGAGUCAUCAAGUGGUAGCUCUUCUAUCAAUUCCAGUCCUUCAAAACAUGCUGUAUCAAAUGGCAUGGGUCACAAGAGUCUUCCUCCUAUCAAAGUCAACAUCAGACCAUCCCAAUUACAGAAGAAAAUAGAGAAACAGAGAGAAAUCACCAGGAGAGUACAACAGUCGAGUCAUGUCCUGCCAGUUCCUGUCUCUCCCAUUGAUCAACAGCCCAAAAAGUCUUUGAUUCUUCCCAUAACCAGAUUAGCAGUCCCUGAAAGAUCAUCUUUAUCCAGCGAGAUGGACCACAGGACAGCUGAGCAGAGACCACUGGUGGAGAUUGAUACAGAUAGUGAAGAUGAAUUUGAAGUGCCAAGUACUGCAUCCAAGAUCAAUGGAGACCUGAAGAAGCAGCUCCUGAAGGAUGGUUUCAGGCUGGAUGAGAUCCCUGAUGAUGAAGACCUGGACCUGAUCCCACCACGGCCAAUGAACGAGAGAUGUGUGUGCUGUCACACCCAAGUGGGAUGCUCUAUACAAUGAUUUUGCCACUGUAGUGAUAAGAGAACUGUGUAAAUAUGAGAUUAUGUAUGAAAUCAUUAUUAAUGUUUAUGUUGUAUAUGAUGCAGUAAUGGCUCCAAUGAGGGAAAUGAGGAGGAUUUACAUAUUCUUUAAGAUGUGUUGCAAAGGAAAGCAUAAUAAGGAUGAUAUCUUGCCUAGAAACUUUUAGCAUUUAUGACUAUCUAAAAUGUAAAUGUUGUUUUGCUUGAGAAUCUGAAUUGUACGAUAUGCAAUUUUACAGAAAUUCGUUGACUUCAUUGUAUAUGUUCAACCAAGCAUCUAUACCUACUGGUGUAAUCAUUGUUUUGAGAGAUUAUCAAAUAUUUUGUGUUAAUUUUGGAACCACUGGUAAUGGGCAAGCUUGUAAGGGACAGGAAAACUCAUGAGAUUGCUAAUAUUGUAAGAUAGGCCAACUCCAAAACUGGUUCUUGGGAUUCCAAAUGUGCAAGAUGUUUUUUCUUGAAUGUAGAGCAAAGUUGGUAAAUAUAUAUGCUUCAAACUUCA